GUGUACCCGCUUACCGAGCCAUUUUACGAGCUGUACAGGAACUACGAGGAAGACCCAUUUCUGGGCACUGCCAAAUGCGUGAAGUUCAGUCAGGUGGGCCCAGAAGAGGAUCGCGGAUACCCGAUAUUAGCUCAGUGGGGAGAAGAGAACCAGUCGAUGAUUGCAUAUGCAAAACUUGAAUCCAGUGAAGGGUACACAGCAAAAAACAUGGUAGUCUAUGCGGUGGAAGGUGUGGAUGGGUCACUGCCCUUAUACGUUACAUUCUUGGAAGUCGGCAACUGCGGAAUAAUAAGGAACGCCUACGUGAACGAGGAUGCAUGCUGCGUCGUCGUUCCCGAGAGUCAUCUUGGACAGGAGACAGUCAUUUGCGACUUCGUGUACGACCUGUUGUGUGGUAGUUAUAAGUACCAACUCUAUGACGGAAGUUGUAAAUGGUGA